AUGGCUGUGUCUCCAUCGGAGCUGGACGUGAUCUCGAGGAGCAGCGAGAUCGUUCCCGAUUCAAUCGUCGGCGGCCAAUUUGAGAGCUUCAAGCCCACUGCGGCGACCGUGUCGUCGUCUCUCAUCCUUGGCGUUUCGUCCUUGGGGGAAGCUAAGGAGCGAUCAAGAGCGCGUUGGCGUACGGAAAGUGCAUGGUGGCGCCGGAGGCAAACAAGUUUUCCUGCUUCCUCGAUAAGCACUGAUUACCUGGUGGUGCCGCUCAAGGUGCUGGAGGCUCUGAAAGACACUCCCGCCUCCCCUGACCUCAAACCUGCAGCAGUCAGUGCAGCAGCUGACAAGGUCAAGCCGUGGGACAUGGCGAGGUUCAUGGCCAAAAUUGGUCCCUGCGCUCGGCAGCUGCUUCAGGCUGAGAUUGAUUCUGCUGUUUCUCAGGCGGAGAAGGUUGACAAGCACUUUAAGAAGAUCUGGCCGCCCCCGAACGAGGGCGAGGAGGUGGAAGAGGAGAUGGGCGAGAGCGUGGCAGCAGCGCGAGUGCGGGUGAGGCAUGAGCUGUACGCGCCCAUUGAACCGUAUCGGUCCGGCACCCUUGCUGUCUCGGACGUGCAUACGGUCUACUGGGAGGAGAGCGGCAACCCCAAUGGCCAGCAGCCGGUCAUUUUCUUGCACGGGGGACCAGGAGGGGGCACCUCCCCGGCCAACAGGCGGUUCUUUGACCCGACGUGCUUCCGCAUCGUGCUGCUGGACCAGCGGGGGGCGGGCAGGAGCACUCCCCAUGCGUGCCUGGAGGAGAACACCACGUGGCACCUGGUGGAGGAUAUUGAGACCCUGAGGAAACACCUGGGGGUUGACAAGUGGCUGGUGUUUGGAGGGUCAUGGGGCUCGACUCUAUCGCUCGUGUAUGCAGCCACUCAUCCAGACAGGGUCGCAGGGUUGAUUCUCCGGGGAAUCUUCCUGCUGAGAAGGAAGGAGGUGGAGUGGUUCUAUCAGAAGGGAGCAGAUUCCAUCUUCCCCGACGCGUUUGACAAGUACCGCGAGUUCAUCCCCAAGGAGGAGCAGCACGAUCUGGUGACAGCCUACCACAAGAGACUCAUGAACGACUCCGAACCCGACCAGCAGGUGGCGGCAGCACGGCACUGGACGGAGUGGGAGAUCGCCACCAGCUACCUGCACUGUCCGUUCAUGUCCAACCUAUUCUUCUGUCUCUGCGUUCCCUGCCAUCAUCCUUGUUUGAUUGAUCACACCAGGUGGCAGCAGCGCGGCACUGGACGGAGUGGGAGAUGCCCACCAGCUACCUGGUCUCUGCUGCCCGUCACUGUCUUUAACUGUCCAGCCCAUACUAUUCAUGCGCUGUGUUCCCCAAUUAUCAACCUUGCCAUCUCCCCUCCAGGUGGCAGCAGCACGGCACUGGACGGAGUGGGAGAUGCCCACCAGCUACCUGGUCUCUGCUGCCCGUCACUGUCUUUAACUGUCCAGCCCAUACUAUUCAUGCGCUGUGUUCCCCAAUUAUCAACCUUGCCAUCUCCCCUCCAGGUGGCAGCAGCACGGCACUGGACGGAGUGGGAGAUGGCCACCAGCUACCUCUUUCCUCCAUUAUAG